GGGGACCACACGUGGACGACCAUGUUGGGUCAGAGUGUGCGGUUGCAGCCGGUGCCCAUCCAGAGCCUGUCAGAGCUGGAGCGAGCCCGCUUACAGGAAGUGGCCUUAUACCAUCUGGAAGAGAGGGACCUGGACUUUAAGAUCAGCAUCCCAAAAGAAACCCGCAAGAGGAGAAAAUCACUUCGCAGGAAGUUUGACUCAUUCUCAAAGGAAAAGAAAGAGCGAGAAUCCUCGCCCAAGGCAUUCGGCAUCCCCCUCUCCCAGGUCAUCGCCAACGACCGCGCCUACAAGCUGCGACAGGAUGCCUUGAAGGAGAGCAGGCGGGAUUGUCUGGAUCUUGAGGCCAGCGUUCUGCGCUUCAGGGCCGAGAAGAGACAGUUCUUCAACGGGAGCAAACCGCUGAGCAACUCCUCGUCAAUCACAGGAGGAGGCCCCAGCUCGCCGCCAGCAAACUCGGUGGCACCAGUGCCCAUCUUUGAAUACCCGAACAAACCGAUGUCGCCUACAUUUCUCGACAACAUCGGACGAGGACGGAGGAGGGGCGGUCUGUCUGUGGACUCCAUCUCCGACCUCGUCGAGUCUCAGUCUCGCCUGCUGGAGGCGCUGCAGCUCUCUCACCCCGCGGAGCUGGAGCUGAAGAAGAAACCGGGCAGCUCGUCGGAGGGGAAGACGCAGACCAAACUCAGCCUGAACCCCAUCUACAGGCAGGUGCCCCGCGUGCUGGAGAGGUGCUGCAGCCACAUCGAGAUGCAUGGUCUUCAAACUGUGGGGAUUUUCCGAGUCGGAAGCUCAAAGAAGAGAGUGAGACAGCUGCGGGAGGACUUUGAUGUGGGCGUGGACGUGCAGCUGGACGAGGAGCAGAGUGUUCACGACGUGGCAGCGUUGCUCAAAGAGUUCCUCAGAGACAUGCCUGACCCUCUGCUGUCCCGAGAGCUUUACCCCGCCUUCCUGCACGCCGACUUGCUGAGGGGAUCCGACCAGCUUCAGUUCCUGCAGCACCUCCUCUACCUGCUCCCUCCCUGUAACUGUGACACGCUGCUGCGCCUCCUCAGCCUGCUGCACACGGUGCAGAGCUACGCCCAGGACAGCAUCGGGACCAACGACGAGGAGAUCUGUGGAAACAAGAUGACAGCAGCGAACCUGGCUGUGAUCUUUGGUCCAAACCUGCUGCAGAGAGAGAGGGGAGGGGACUCCAAUCCGUACGCCAUUGGUAUCGAGGACAGCAACGCGAUCAUCAGCGUGACUCUGGUGCUCGUUCAGAACUACAGACGGCUUUUCACGGUGUCGGCGGAGCUGCAGCAGGAGGUCCUGAUGAGUCUGAUCCAGACUGACCCCGACAUCAUCGACUACCUGCUGCGGAGGAAACUCAGCGGCAGUCAUCUGACGGUGGACGGCAGCAGUGACACCGGGGGGAGGCGGGACACGGGGGCGUCUCUGGACUCUGUGGGAGCAUCCAGCGGGAGUUUGUCUCUGGAGCCGCCGUCACCACUUUUCCCUCCCGACGGCAGCGGCGGCGAGGGCAGCCUGACCAGCGAGGUGUUCCUGAACGUGCUCAAACUGAACCAGAACAGGAAGAGACAGGAGCACAGAUACGGCGACGUCCCUCCAGGCAAAUCCAUCCGCCACAUGCGUCAGUUCCACUCCCACCACAACCUGCUCAGCCUGGCUCAUCCCUCCUCCUCACCCUCCCCCUCCUCCUCCUUGUCCUCGUCCUCCAGAGUCCACUGUCAGGACACGGACGCUCCGGACCGCAGGGGCCCGCUUGGCCACGCGCUCAGCUUCACGCUUGGGGGCAGCCGGAGCGGCAGCUGCUCGAGUCUGAGCGGCUCGACCGAGAGCAGCAUCUGGGUGAGACAGACCCCGCAGGAGGAGACCAAACCGUCCACGGUGUCCAACUUCUGGGACUUCUUCACCGGGAAAGGCUCGAGCUCGGAGACGAUGGUAUGAUGGAGGGGCGAGGAGGUGACGGACGUGGAGGGAAAGAACGCCUUCCUUUCCUUUCUAGCGGUCAACGAUCUUGAAGAAAAAAGUUGUCAAUGUUCCUGUUACAUUUCAAAAUGUCCACAGCAUUUCCAGGACUAUAAACUGGGUGUUGGUUAAGAAAAUCUUCAGUUAUUCAUUUCCACACAAACUUCUGAACUUGAAGAAGCAUCCCGUUGCAAAUUUUUUCCCCAAUGGACGUUGGAAUUUCCAACUUUUUUUUUUAGCACCUAUUGAACACAUCAUGCGCUUUAGUGUGGACACAAAAAGCCUGAAAAAGUACAAAAAAAGUUGCAGAAGAAAACGUCUCAAAAACUCUAAAUACAAAAAUACAUUUUUCAUAUAGAAAAAAAGAACGUGCAUAUUUUGAAGCUAAACGUCCUCGGACAGAAACACAGAUACGAGUGAGUGAAGGUAAAGUGCUUACCUGUAAUGGAUGCAGUAAUCAUUGUGAUGUCUAUCAUGUGUACAGGAUGUAGUCUUCUUUUUACAAACCUGGUUUGAAACCCUCAUCAGUAACUCUAUACCUGCAUGGACUCUACUAUCGUUAUCCAGUCUCUCUCUCUUUGUUGGUUUAUUGUUGUUUUUCUUUGACUUGCUAUGAGCUGCGUUCUCUGUAAAUAUCAUCUGGGAAUUCAAACAAAGCAAAGGGCAUCUGAACAAUGGACGAAUCGAAGCAGGAAACGUUGAUUUGUGCGUCCAGGAAGUAAGCAUUGAUUUGGUGAUUUGUUAUUCAGAGGAGGUUUCCAUUUGUUGUUGAAAACAUUCAGGUUCUAUUUAACGUUAAAGUUACUUAUUAGCAUUAAAAAAGGAGUUUAAGGCCAUGUCCUAGCGUUUUUUCCGGGCAGAAAAGCGGUAGUUGUGCGCUCGGUUGCAUGUUUUUUGUAGCUCGAGCUAUAGACUAUGGUCAUGUAGAAUAAGGUACUAAUAAGCGCUAAUUAAUGGCUAAUAAGCAGCCAAUAUGCUACUGAUUAGCAUGCUAAUAAGCAACUAGUUGGUGAAUAUUGUGACCUUAUUUUAAACCCAAUUGUCUAAAAUUUUAUACCAUAUAUUAAAUCGACAGUUGCAGAUUACAUUGUUGUGUUUUGUGUUCGGGGUCCAGACGCGGACUUGUCCCACACUCCGAUUUAGGGAUUCUAAGUCAACCAGAGGAAGAAAUGAUUUAACUAAAACGAGUCUGGUUUGAACCUCGAUGACUCACAAAUCACCGGAUAAAUGCUUACUCAGGAAAUUAUCUCAGUGCGAUUUCUGUGUAAAUAAAAUGUGUUCAACUUCAGAAGGCAAAGAAAUCAGUUCAGGGGGCUGGAUCCUCUGAAGGACUCGGCUUUUUAGGUUUUCCUUUUGACUGUUAGUUAGAGGAUCAGGCUGGACCUGUUCCCCCCCGCCCCCCCAAAAAUAACUUGUUUAAACCCUUAAUUUUAGGAAGUGAAGGCUGUUUCAACUUGUUUUUUUUGACUGCCUCAGAAGUCCCAAAAAGUGAAAGAUUUUAAUGGUUUGUGUGCAAGAUAACCUUCUUGUGCAAACUUGAUUUUGUUCUUUUUUACAUUUUGGGGGACCUCAGAAUCUCUGUAGACUGGCCAAACUGCAUGAAAGAUAAACUUCAGGAUUGUCAAAUAAGGGAGUAACCAAGUUUCAACCACAAGAGGGCGACAUUCAUCACAUAAACUCAUCUUUUUACUUAGUAAUUUACUUUUCCUUCCAUCUCCGGACUCUUAUAGCCAGUGUUGAGAUGUGUGUGUGGCCUCCUUGGGGUAAAAAAACAAAACCAAAAGUCCAUGUUUCCAUUCUUUUAUUGAGAUUUUCUAAUAUUUAAAGGUUGAAUUUCUCUCUAAAUGUACAGAAUGUGUCCUUCAUGCCCGCAGUAAAAGUUUCAUUUGUGUUGGAUUUCCUUGUAGAGAACAUAAAGAUAUAUUUUAUCCAUUUUUUUGUAAAUUCUUGUCACUGAAAUGUUUUUUCUAUAUUGUUGUAAAAUCCUUUAAAAACCCAAAAACAGAGAGCGAUGUACACCUACCUGCAGAGAAUUAAAAGUCAGAUUGCCUCUGUGUCACUG